AUGUCUGAAGUACAUGGAGACUCAGAGCUCGUUCCGCCGGGCCCUGAUAUUGAUUAUCCGCUCGCCUUGACUCCAAGACAAGUCAUAUUGCGAGACCGGGUCACCGUCGCAACCUUGGUCCCCUUCGCCUCGGCGGAAGAUGUACCCCGAGCUUUGAUGAAGUAUCUCUCUGAUCAAUUCAACAAAGAAAUUGAAAAGGGAGACACAUAUGCCAUGUCCGAACCCAUUCCUUUGGCACAGUUUGGAAGGUAUUGGUUCUCCAAUUUCGGCGUUGUCAUGCUCCUGGGAGACAUCGAGAGCGCAGAGCAAACCCAUAGUAUGGAUCGUGCGGGCGCAAACUGGACCAAAGCCUGUCUAGGUGGCUUUCACAUUCGACCCAACUACCCCGGCCGAAGCAGUCAUGUCUGCAACGGCACCUUCAUUGUCACUGAUGCCGCACGAAACAAAGGUGUAGGUAGACUGAUGGGAGAAGCGUAUCUGGAGUGGGCCCCCCGACUUGGCUAUACUUAUGCGGUCUUUAACUUGGUCUAUGAAUCCAAUGUUGCCUCAUGUCGUCUAUGGGACUCUCUCGGGUUCAAAAGAAUUGGUCGAGUGCCCGGCGGUGGUCAAAUCAAAUCACAACCGGGAGAAUUCGUCGACGCCAUAAUUUACGGCAGAGGCCUCAGUUUGGAUGGCGAAGAUUCUGUGUCCCAAGAUCGUUUCGAGAAGAUCCGUUAUUAUCUGAAGCAUGCCAAAUACCCACGCGGGGCUGAUCGUGCCGAGAAGAGCCGGUUACGCAGUGCUGCAACUCAUUAUAAAUUACUUGGCGGCGAGGAUGGUGGCGGCGGGCCUGAAAGAUUGAUGCUCAAAGACAAGGAAGUGGUAUCCGACCCACAGCAGCAAUAUGAUAUCGCCCAAGAAGUCCAUCUCAAACAGCAUGCUGGAAUCAACAAAACCACCGCAGCUAUCGCAAUAAAGUAUCACUGGGUACGUAUCAAGGAGACAGUCAAUCGCGUCAUACGGGACUGCCCACAAUGUAAGGAAACCCUCAAAGCACCCCCGAUUCCAGGGAUCAAAGAGGAUGAUCGUUCGCCCUCGGAAUCAAUGUCUGCUAUGGAAAUGGAAAGCAGUAUGGAACCACCGCAGAAAGAAGAGCCCGUCCAUGUCCCACAGGCGAUGGACGAAGCACCGGACGAGUCACCCAAUUUCAACCCCCUUCUGCACCAACCCGCUUCAACCGCUGUUCCUGGAACUAUGCACCCUAUGCCCGGGUUCCCACCCAUGCCCCUCGACCCCCAGAUGAUGCAAUUACAGCAGCAACUGCGACGCUACCAACAACAAAACCCCAUGGGUCACUUUGCCUCGGGGACACCACACGUCGACAUGUCAAACUUCGACGAUGCAAUGCGCUAUCAUACAGCAAACAAUGCUUAUCAAUUGAUGGUUGGAGAAACUCCUGACCUAUUCCCCCCAGACAUGCUUGGAAUGGUGAAUCCCCAAGCACACGAUUUGCAACAUGAUUCGGAAUUGUUGAACAAAUUCGAAUACGGAAGCCCAUCAGAUGGGAAUUAUGACUUUACGUGA